CGCUCCCCACAAUCCUUUGCGGUGACUCAAGGUGGCGGCGCCCAGUGGUUCCAUGAGCUACUUGGAGAGUAGUAGCAGCAGUAGCAGCGAUGCAGAGGAGCUGGAGCGGUGCCGAGAGGCGGCAAUGCCGGCCUGGGGUUUGGAGCAGCGCCCGAGAGGCCUGGAGAAGCAAAAAGCCGGUGCUGCAAAUACUCAGUUGCCAACCACCCAGCCCAGCCUCAGGCACAAGGUGGAUGAGCAUGAACAGGACGGCAAUGAGCUUCAGACCACCCCCGAAUUCCGAGCCCAUGUAGCCAAGAAACUGGGAGCUCUGCUGGACAGCUCCAUUACCAUCUCAGAAGUAGUGAAGGAGCCAAGAAAGGCUGAGGUACGACGAGGCACCCCAGAGGAUGACGGCUUCCGCCUUUUCUUCACCUCCAUCCCUGGAGCCUCUGAGAAGGAAGCUGCUCCCCAACCCCGCCGGAAACGGUUGCCUUCCAGCUCCAGCAGCGAGGAUGGUGAUGAGGAGUUGCAGCGGUGCCGGGAGGCGGCUGUGUCAGCCUCUGACAUCCUCCAGGAGUCCGCCAUCCACGGCCCUGUCAGCGUGGAGGAGAAGGCAAAGAAGAAGAAAAGGAAGUUGAAAAAGAAAGCCAAGAAGGAGGCCAGUGCCGAUGUGGCUGCUGCUGCCACAAUCACCACCACAGGCAAGGCCGCAGUUGGGAAGCAGAGCAAGGAGUCCGCUGAGCUCAAUGGAGCCCAGGCACCACUUGGGACCAAAAAGAAGAAAAGGAAGAAAAAGGCAAAGAGGGCCGGCGAGGCUGCCCCAUCCCCCCCAGCAAAGAGUGCAGCAGCCACGCCUGUACACCGAGUCCCGCCUGUGGGCACGGGGCCCAACUAGUGGCGCCCCCUGGGGACAAGUCUUUCCCAAACCCCACCUCCCUUUCCAAGUGCAAGAACUCAACUCUGUCCGUGAUGGGCUUGCCCAAGGGUCGGGGCCGAGAAGAGGUUGUAAGGUGAGAAACAUGAGCAAGGCCUGCCCUUCUGUGCUCCCACUGGGUACCAGAGUGUUCUGUGGCCUCAGGAAGAAGGAGGAGGACCUCAGUUUUUCAAGGCUGAUGGCCAGGUGGCAGAGCUUCCACCUCCUCAGCCUGUUGUGGGAGACAAUCUGAAGAAAACGAGGGAGGGGGUCCCCGAAGUGCCAAGGCCCAGGAGGAGUUUGGUGCUUCUCCCUCCAGUCACCUAGUCUUGAGAAAGGAGAGAUUCCCUCCUCCCCCACCCCCCAGUUUUCCAGAAUUUUCUUUCUCCACAUUUGUGAAUACACCAUGCACAGUUGUGUCUCUGAGCCAACCAGAGUAUCAAAAAUAAAUUGUCGAGGGACCCAAAACAUAACAGAGUGAUUUGGGUGCUGCCCUCCAUCAGUGCUGAA